CUUCCUCUUUGGUCCCGGCGAGAGCUGCGUGGUCUAGCGGCGUUAGCCUGCUCAGCACAUUCACUUUUUUCACUCCACUAUUUGGUUCUUGGAAAUAUUACUACAUAAUGUCUUAUCACGACGAGGAAGAGUACGAUCCCUACGCCUAUCCUAAUGACUACGACCUGCACACUGGCGACCCCAAAGCUGACCUGGCCUAUGAGAGGCAGUAUGAGCAGCAGACCUAUCACGUUAUCCCAGAAGUGAUCAAAAACUUCCUGCAGUAUUUUCACAAAACCAUCUCUGACCUGAUCGAUCAGAAGGUCUAUGAGCUGCAGUCAAACAGAGUGUCCAGCGAAAGCAUUGAGCAAAAGAUCUACGAGAUUCAAGAUGUCUAUGAGAACAGCUGGAAUAAACUGACAGAUCGUUUCUUCAAGACAUCUCCCUGGCCAGAAGCAGAGGCUAUUGCAUCUCUUGUUGGCAAUGAUGCUGUAUUCCUCAUCCUCUACAAGGAAUUGUAUUACAGACACAUAUAUGCUAAAGUCAGCGGUGGACCUACCUUAGACCAGAGGUUUGAAUCGUAUUACAACUAUUGCAAUCUUUUCAACUACAUUCUCAAUGCUGAUGGCCCUGCCCCCCUGGAGCUUCCAAAUCAGUGGCUUUGGGACAUCAUUGACGAGUUCAUCUAUCAGUUCCAGUCCUUUAGUCAGUAUCGGUGUAAGACCGCAAAGAAGUCUGAGGAGGAGAUUGAGUUUCUGAGGAGCAACCCAAAGAUCUGGAACGUCCACAGCGUCCUCAAUGUGCUGCAUUCACUCGUCGACAAGAGCAACAUUAAUCGGCAGCUUGAGGUCUACACUAGUGGAGGUGACCCAGAAAGUGUGGCUGGGGAAUAUGGACGUCACUCUUUGUAUAAGAUGUUGGGAUACUUCAGUUUGGUGGGACUCCUCAGAUUGCACUCUCUGCUUGGUGAUUAUUAUCAGGCCAUCAAAGUUCUGGAGAAUAUUGAGCUCAACAAGAAGAGCAUGUAUUCUCGUGUUCCUGAGUGCCAGAUUACCACCUAUUACUAUGUGGGCUUUGCUUACCUGAUGAUGAGGCGCUACCAGGAUGCCAUUCGAGUCUUUGCAAACAUCCUCCUCUACAUCCAAAGGACAAGAAACAUGUUCCAGAGGUCUACAUACAAAUAUGAGAUGAUAAACAAGCAGAAUGAGCAGAUGCAUGGGCUUCUGGCCAUUGCCCUCACUAUGUAUCCAAUGCGCAUUGACGAAAGCAUCCACACUCAGCUAAGGGAGAAAUAUGGAGACAAGAUGCUGCGCAUGCAGAAAGGAGACCUGCAGGUAUUUGAGGAGUUGUUCAGCUUUGCAUGUCCCAAAUUUCUUUCUCCUGUGGUGCCAAACUACGACAACGUUCACCCAAACUACCACAAAGAGCCCUUCCAGCAGCAGCUCAAGGUGUUUGCAGAGGAGGUGCAGCAGCAGGCGCAACUCUCCACCAUCCGCAGUUUUCUGAAGCUGUACACCACGAUGCCUGUGGCUAAACUAGCCGGGUUUCUGGACAUGACUGAACAGGAGUUUCGUAUCCAGCUCCUGGUUUUUAAACACAAGAUGAAGAACCUGGUUUGGACCAGCGGCAUCUCAGCUCUGGACGGAGAGUUCCAGUCUGCCUCCGAAGUCGACUUCUACAUCGACAAAGACAUGAUCCACAUUGCUGACACCAAAGUGGCUCGUCGUUAUGGAGACUUUUUCAUUAGACAGAUCCACAAAUUUGAGGAGCUCAAUAGGACACUGAAGAAGAUGCCCACUGGUACCACAUCUUCAAGCAGCAGUGCAGCUCGGGGAGUCUAAACAGAACAUUUUUGAAAAAUACUAUUGCUUUUUUCUAUGUUAUACUGAAAACAAUAAAAGGAUGGAGUGAGAUGCUAA